CGGCGGCGGAGGGAGUUGACGGGAGAGCGUAGGGCAGGGGCACGGAUCCAAAAACUGCCUCCGCGUCGCGAGCCAACUGGCGUCCAUCGCGCGCGCGCGCCCUCCCCAGUCCGCGGGCCGACGCCGAGCGUCGCAGCACGGGCGAGUACGACUUCUUUCCCGCGCCACCCCCCGAUGCCGAGUGACAAAAGUUUAGCUUCGUGACCGAGGAGGUGGUGGUGGUGGUGGUUAUGGCCAGUUCGACCGUCGUCAGAUAUCUCGCCGACCAUCGCGUUCGCUUUUUCCCUCCGACGUACGCUUGAUAGGCGCCGCAGCCAUGGAGAGCGAAGCGGAGAGCCCGGCGGUGGACCGCGCGACCCCGGAGGAGCCCGCGGCUGCGGACGGUCGCCCCGACAGCCCCCUCGACAACCCGGACGGCGACGACGCGGAGCGGAGGAAGCUGAUCAGCGACGCGCUGCAGCAGGAGGACGAGUUCCUCGAGUACCUGAUGUCGCUGCCGGCGGCGAAGGAGGCGCAGCAGCUGGAGACGACGGCCGCGGGCAAGCCCGCGUUCGCGCGGUCGGCGUCCACGCACAGCGCCUGCUCGUCGGCGCCCACGGUGGGUCUGGACCACCUGGACAACCUGUGCAAGCUGAUGGAGCAGCUGGGGGAGCUGCGCGAGCAGAACUGCAAGCUGCAGCGCCGGGUGCAGUACCUGGAGGACAUGAAGAACCUGCAGGAGAUGCACCGCCAGCUGCAGGGAGAGACGGCGGUGCGGCGGCGCGCGCGCGGCAGGGACGACGGCGGCGGCGGCAACCUCACGGACUCGUGCCUGCUCGACGGCUCGGACGACUCGCUGCCUCGCGGCCGGUUCUCCGGCGGCGAGGGGAAGUCUCGCCGCGGGCAGGCGCAGCAGCAGCAGCAGCAGCAGCGGGGGCGCAGCCACAGCGUCGGCGUCGAGGAGGAGGAGGACGGAGACGCCGGCGACAAGCAGCGCGGCGGCCGGGCGAAGCGGCGCGACAAGAGCCACCAGCGGCGCUCGCUGGCGGCCGCGGGCGAGGUCAAGGCCAAGGUGUCCAAGUGGACCAAGGUGAAGGAGGCGUUCCGCUGGGAGAAGGCGGCGGCGAGCGUGCUGCCCGAGGCCAAGUCCGCCGACAGCGGGCUGGGCGGCGUGGCGGAGGCGGUGCGCUACCUGCGCGUGCCACCGCCGGGGGCGGGCGACCACUCCAGCGCCGGGGACUCGGCCCUCAGCGGGCACUCGUCGUCGGCCUGCUCGUCGGCGGGCGGCCAGUCGCCCGGGCUGCGGCUCGGCGACUUCGUGCUGCCCCCGCUCGACACGCUGUCGUCAUCGUCGUCGUCCGAGGACCUCGACCUCAGCUUCUCCGACAUUCUGCGGGAGAUAGGCCCGCAGCGCAGCGCCUCCGUCGCGGACUCGCGGCCGGCGGCCAGGGACGCGCGCCGCCACUCGCUGUCGCGCCUGGCCGAGGAGGAGGACGCCUCGCGCCGCUCCAAGUCCCUGGACGGCGACGCCGCUGCGCUCCUGCCCGCCGGCAAGCAGGAGGGCGCGGGGAAGGCGCCGCCCGGCGGCAAGGCGCACAAGACGCCGUGGGGCAAGGUCAAGGACAUCAUACAGACGCGCAAGGACAGCCUGAGGAAGCGGCACCGCGGCGGCGGCAGCAAGGACCGCGACGACGACGCCUGCACGUCGGCGGACAUCGAGCCUCCCCCUUCGCCCGGCGACGACAACCCGCAGGACUCCGUCCGGCAGAAGCGGCAGUCGGCGGCCGAGCUGUCCGGCGGCGGGCGGCGGCAGCCAGGCAAGAUCUCCACCUGCUCCCUCGGCUCCCACCCUCUGGCUCUGGAGCCGCCCCCGGCCAGCCGCCGCCUCACGCCCACGCUCACCAUCACGCUGCCGUCCACCGAGGAGCUGCGCAGCGCCCCCGCCGUCGCCGCCGCCGCCGCCGCCUCCGCCGCCUCCGCCCUGCCCGCCGCCAGCCCGCAGCCCGAGGAGCGCGGCCACCACAAGACGUCCUCGUGUUCGGCGCCCGGCACCGUCGAGGACGCGUCUUCGGCGUCGGUCGCGACGUCCUCCAGCGGCAGCGAGUCGAACAGGUGCCAGGCGGCCAACGGCGGCCGGGCCGCCCCCGGAGGCGGCGGCGGCGGCGGCGGUGGCGGUGCCUCGUCCCCGUCGUCCCAGCGCGCCGCCUCCAAGUGGACCAAGGUGAAAAAGGUCUUCCUGACGUCGGCUCCGGGCAAGAAGGAGGACAGCUCGGCCCCCGCCAGCCCCAACCGCCACUCCAGCUUCAGCUACGACUUUGACGGCGACGAGCUGAGCAGCGGCGACUUCACGGAGGCGGCAGCGGAGAGCGGCGACGCCGCCCCCUCGCCGCCCCCGCGCCAGGCACUGCAGGCCGAGGUGCGGCGCAACUACGAGCAGCUGCAGCAGAAGCUGAGCCUCGAGUUCCACCGCAAGAUGUCCGAGUGGGAGCGCAUCAAGAGCGCCGCCGCCACCUCCGGCUCGUCACCCGGGUGUGCCGCCGUCGACGACGACGGCGGCGGCGGCGGUGGCGGCGGCGGUGGCGGCGGCGGCGCGGCCGGCCAGCACCACAGUAGCGACAAGAGCUUCCGCCGCAAGCUGGAGGAGUGGGAGCGGCUGCGGGGGCGGGGGAAGGACGACGGCCGCCUGCUGCUUCACGAGGACAACUUGUCGGCGGACUUCCGCAAGAAGCUGCACGAGUGGCAGCGCAUCAAGGACGCGGGCCUGCCCAGGAGGCGGCAGCAGCAGCCGGCGGCGGCGGCGGCGGGCUGGGACUCGGGGGCGGAGGACACGUCCAGCCCGGGCGUGUCGCGCAAGAACUCGGGCAGCGGCGGCGGCAAGGCCAAGCGGGGCCCGGACAAGGCGGCGGCGCGCAACAAGGACCUCCAGUGGCUGGAGAAGGAGCUGCACAAGAUCGACCGAGAGAAGCAGCGCCUGGAGCGAGAGCGGGAGAAGUUCCUGGAGAGAGAGGCGAGACUGGAGAAGAUGCGGUCGGCCAUGGGCUCGCGGCCCAGCCGCCAGCAGGAGGUGCUGAUCCGCACCUCGACGGGGUUCUUCCGCUUCCCCGGGAUCUCGGAGAAGUUCACGCGCCGCCUGUACGAGUGGGAGGAGGCGCGCGGCAUCGGGCCGGAGGCGUCCACCUUCGCGCUGCUCGAGCCGGGCUACAGCGCGCGCCUGCCCGGCCACCGAGUUCAUAAUCCUUCUCGGCUGCAGCCAACAGUUACACACGCGGAAGAAAGUUAA